CACCAGUAAUUCUAGUCGGCACACAUAUUGAUAAAGUUCGAGGAUUCAGAAGAAGAUCUAAACUCAGACGCGCUGAAAUAUACUUUGAAGAUGUGAGGCGUCUAUUUGAUGGAACGCAAAUUUUAAAUCAUUUUCACAAAAAAGACUUUGCUGUUAAUAAUCGCAAACGACAUGAUAUUGUCAUAGAUGUACUACGAGAAGAGAUAAUGGACAUUGGACGUCCAAAGACAAGAACCGUUGAAAUACCAACACGAUGGGUAGAUUUAGAUCAUAAAUUGAAAUAUGUUACACAAAAAGUGAUAACAAUUGGAAAAAUACAAACAUUAGUAUCGGAGAAUGCUUUUCAAACGAUGUCUGUAGGGGAACUAAAACUUUUCCUGCAAUACCAGCAUGCUAAAGGGACCCUUUUUUAUUUUGAUAGAGAUCCAAUUGCAGAGUACGUCGUGUUAGAUCCGCAAUAUCUGAUUGAUGCAUUUAAAUGUAUCAUUACUUCUGAAAGAUUCUGCCGAAAGAAACCUACAAUCAGACCUCUUUGGAAAAAACUAAUUUCUACAGGAAGGCUUGGCAUGGAAUUGAUUGUCAACGUUUGGGGAGGAAAUGAAGGAUUCAUUGAUGACAAAGACAUUCUUUUAGAAUACCUGAAGAGUCAUCAUAUAAUUUCAGAAGCAAAACAAUAUAAUGAAGAUAUUGAUAAAGCUCGCGGUCUUGGUUGGUUUGUCGUGCCAAGUCUUCUGAAGGUUCAUCGUACACAGUCCGAGUUGAAUGAUUAUUUAACGGACAAAGUACCUGUACACGUCAGAUUUGUGCUUGGUUUUGAAUUCUCGUCUGUUGUGCAGUUGUUGUUCCACCGGCUUGUAGCUGCAGCGCUUGGGCGAUGGUCUAUCGCUAAUUUUUUAAAGGGGGAUCUUAUGAUGUACGAAAACCUCAUUAUCUUCAGAUUAAACAUUAACCACCUUGGCAUAAUAGAAAUAAACGACAACUUGAUAGAACUUACGGCAUUCAACUUGUGCCCGGACAGGAAGAUAGAAGCACAUAUAGUUGAUAGUUUUAGAAGAUUCGUAGAAAAUGUUAUUUCGCGAGAAUUUGUUGCUUUGCAGGUCAGUGACGAACAGAAACGGACAAUGUAUACAUCUUACUACAGGUGUAAGCAUGCAUGCCACUCACUGAAUGGAAGCAAGCAUCUCCAGAAUAUAUCUCAUCUGACCAAGAAUACAAUAUACCCAUGUCCGGACUCACUGGCCCAUGAGAUAGAUACGUCAACUGCUAGAUCCGAGUGGUUUCAAGAAGAUAAAAUAUCAGGUUGUAACUCAAACAAGGUGUUAACAGAUAAAGAGCUGAGUCGAAUUGCACAAGCAAUAGGGAUGAACUGGCAAUUCCUGGGGUUAGAACUGGGACUGACAAGUGUUCAAAUAGACCAUAUAACCGAAGACAAUGCACACAGUGUUGCGAUGCGCAUUUAUAAGAUGUUAUUGCAGUGGAAAAGUUGCGAUACAAUCAACGCUACUAUGAAUAACUUUGUAAAGGUUUUGCAAACAUGUUCUAACGUGAAUGUGGAAUGGGAUGAAAUCAGAAAUAUCGUGGAUGAUUUGAAUAUGGAGAUAGAAUGACAUUAGUAUGAAGUUAGAGUAACAUUAACAUAUAAUUUAUAUCUCCGGAAGUAAAAACUUUGUGUAUUUUCUUCAGAUGCAAUACUCAGUAUUGACUCAUUUAAGAAUUAUAACAUAAUCGAUGGCGGAUCAUUCAUAGAAGUAUUACUUACCAGUAUAUCUAAUUAAUGCUCACAGUAAUUGUUACACAUAUACAGUUAUUUAUUGAUGUAUGGGUGUAACAUUGCCCUCUUUGUUGUACAUGUAUAUAAGUAUAUUUUUUCUUACAAUGGCCUUGUAAAUUACUGAAAGCUAAAGAAACUUUUUUUGAUAAUCUACAGAGAUCGUAAGUUAAUUUAGAUAUGAACCAUAAAUUGGUGUCACAUAUGUAAAUGAUUUAAGAGUUUCUUUUGAUUUAGAUAUGAAUCAUAAAAUGGUGUCACAUAUGUAAGUGAUUUAAGAAUUUCUUUUACAAUUUUUGCAAAGCAACUGCCUUCGGGAGGUAAAGAGUUUGACUUAUGAGUAGGUGCUCUAGAGAGGUUAAAGAAGCUUCAAUGAAGUCAAAAAAGCAUAAAACCUAAAACGUUGAAAUUCUUACAUAGAUCAAGUUAAGAUCUUAGAAUGGGAAAAUCUGCAUCUGAAUAUUCAUGAAUUUUGUGCAAUUCUUAGCCCGAUUUCAGUUAAAAGCGUUGCAAGACUUUUCAUUUUUGGGUCUUUUUGCUAAAGAUAUAUGUUUAUUCUGAUAAAACGGGGUUAGGGACUAAUCUGAAAAAUUACAUACAAGUUAUUGGUCCUGAUCUACAUCAAAUAGUAAAAAAUAUAUCUUGGAAAAUUAUUUCCAGUCUCUUCUUAUCAAAACCUCGGUGAUUUCCCUUUAAAUUCAGUGUUAAAUCAUAGUUUUGGAAAAUUUGAUUCUGUUGUUAAAAAAGUUAUUGUUCAAGAAGGGGUUCGCUUCACUUUUUUGUAUAUAUCAACUAUGUUUGACCAGCUUCUUACGAAUAUAAAUUGUAUGUCAAAAAGUAAUAAAUAAAUAAAAUAAUCAAUUAUUCUCCUGAAAAUGAUUCGUUUUAAUUAAAUACUUCUGUAAAAGCAAGUAAUUCUGAUGA